GUCACGAAAGCCCCUCUGGAAGUCGCUGUGUGAUUUCAGAGUUCAUCCGACCCCUUCAAAUCUCUGGAGACAAACCAGAACAACUGUCUGUCAAACCUACAUUCCUGUCCAAGUCAAGAUCUGGUACCCCAAGAUGCAGAUUUGAUUCAGACAUGGAUAAUGAUCAGAAUUCCAAUACCUCAAAGCAGAGAUAUUCUGGGAAAGUCCAUCUUUGCAUUGCCCGUUACAGCUACAACCCCUUCGAUGGACCAAACGAAAACCCGGAGGCUGAGCUCCCUCUCACGGCAGGAAAGUACCUCUAUGUGUACGGGGACAUGGAYGAAGAUGGCUUCUACGAAGGAGAACUUCUGGAUGGUCAGAGAGGAUUGGUCCCUUCCAACUUUGUGGAUUUUGUUCAAGACAACGAGAGCCGGUUAUCAAGCACACUGAGCAGCGAACAGGAUCAGAAUCUCAUCAACCGCUCGGGUCCCGCUCUGGAAGGAGAUCUGCUGGAGAUCAGCCCUCCGAGCCACAUCGACUCCGGCGUCAUCAGCAACGGCGCGGGGACUCUGGACGUGAACAUUGACGAGAUUGGAGAAGACAUUGUGCCUUAUCCCAGAAAAAUCACCCUUAUCAAACAACUAGCCAAAAGUGUCAUUGUGGGCUGGGAGCCGCCGGUCGUGCCCCCCGGCUGGGGAACCGUCAGCAGCUACAACGUGCUGGUGGACAARGAGAUCCGCAUGAACGUCGCCCUGGGCAGCAGGACCAAGGCUCUCAUCGAGAAACUCAACAUCUCCGCCUGCACCUACCGCAUCUCCAUCCAGAGCAUCACCAACAAGGGCAACUCGGACGAGCUGCAGUGCACUCUCUUGGUGGGCAAGGACGUCAUCGUGGCCCCCUCCAACCUCCGAGUGGACAACAUCACCCAGAUCUCUGCUGAGCUCUCCUGGCUCCCCACCAACAGUAAUUACAGCCAUGUCAUCUUUCUGAACGAGGAGGAGUUUGACAUUGUCAAGGCUGCUAGCUACAAGUACCAUUUUUUUAAUUUGAAGCCCAACAUGGCCUACAAGGUGAAGGUCAUGGCAAAACCCCAUCAGAUGCCCUGGCAGCUUCCCYUGGAGCAGCGAGAAAAAAAGGAAGCCUUUGUGGAAUUUUCUACAUUGCCGGCAGGUCCCCCUGCUCCACCCCAGGACGUUGCUGUCCGGGCUGGGGCCACGCCAGGAACUGUCCAGGUGUCCUGGAAGCCCCCGACUCUGACGGCCACGGGGACGUCCCACGGUGCCACCGUCACGGGUUACGGGGUCUACGCCAAAGGGCAGAGGGUGGCAGAGGUGCCGUUCCCCUCGGCAGACACCGUUCCCCUGGAGCUGCUGCGGCUGCGGAGCCUGGAGGCGCGGGACGUGACCGUGCGGACGCUGUCGCUGCAGGGGGAGUCCCUGGACUCUGCUGCCGCUGCCAUCCCCUUGGACCUCCUGGUGCCUCCACCCCCCCAGCCCCGCACUGCUCCCAAACCCAAGCCAUUUGCAAGUGCCGGAGCCCCCCAAACCAAAGAAGAACACUUGGGCCCCCAUGGGAAGAGGGAUGAGUCGUGGGAGCAGACUCGCUCGGUGUCCCCCGUGCACGGACACAUGCUGGAGCCCCCCAAUUUCCACGGCCCCCACCAGGGCAGGAGAUCCCCGUCCCCCAACAGGAUCCUGCCCCAGCCUCAAGGCACGCCUGUCCCCCACACCGUCGCAAAAGCCAUGGCCAGAGAGGCUGCACAGAGAGUGGCAGAGAGCAACAGGAUGGAGAGGAGGAGCGUUUUCAGCGAGAGGAGCUCAGCCCAGUACAACUCAGACGAGGAGGAGGAUGGGUACGACUCGCCCAGGGUGAAGCGCAGGGGCGCCUCGGUGGACGAUUUCCUGAAGGGCUCGGAGCUGGGCAAGCAGGCUCACUACUGCCACGGGGAUGAGUACCAGACAGAGAGCAGCCGGGGCUCGGACCUGUCUGACAUCCUGGAGGAGGAUGAGGAGGAGCUCUACUCCGAGAUGCAGCUGGAGGAGGGCGGGAGGCGCCGCCUGAGCCUGGGCUCACACGGGACACUCAAGGAGUACGAUAAGAAUAGGAGCACUGACGCCACUUUUUGGGAGCAGCCUGACUUUUCCCAGCAGACACACCACAGUAAAAGGCUUUUCAGYAUCCCCGAAGUGGCAGAAGAGGACGGAGACUACUCGGAGCUGCUGUACAAGCAGGGUUUAGGUAUGCCCUACAAAAAGAACCCCCGAAUGGGCCGAGCCCCCCGGCCCURCCAUCAGGAGCAGCAGAGCCCGUGGUACCCGGCCAAGGCCAGGACGUGCAGCCUGGAGGAGUUUGUGGCGGAUGAGAAGGGCAGCAGGUUCAGCAGGUCCCUGUCCCGCAGCCCGGACAGCGGGCUGGACUGCGGCAGCGAGGAGGAAGAGUCCAGGUUCAUCUGCAGGCAGGGCUGGGACACGGCCCCAGAGUGUGGCUGCUGUCACCAGCCCCAGCCCUGCUCCUGCCGGAGGAGCAUCCGCCCGCUGCCCGCGCGCCGCAGAGCCCUGACCCGCCAGAGCAGCGUGGAGGAGGAUUUCGGGGAGCUGAGCCCCUGCUGUGCCCUGCCCCAGUGCCAGCAGGGCAGGCUGGCACCCCACAAACCGCACAGGCAGCCCUGGACAGAGCGCUGCUCCGGCCAGCAGCGCCAGGGAGGCUGCAGGAACGGCCCCAGAGCAGCAGAGCCGCGGGCACUGCGCCGGCCACGGCCAACCCACACAGACCCGCAAGAGUCUCUGCUUUUAGGUAACCCAGCCUCGGCAGGACGGCCUGACAGGGUGGAGCACGUGGGGCGAAGGUCCUCCCAUGGCAGUGCAGUGCCACAAAGGUCUCGGCCAGUGUUGGUCCCUUCCAUGGAUGGCUACGGUGGUCAYGACCAUCUUUCUCCAGAUAUUUAUGAAGAAUCUGAAACAGAUCCUGGCACAGAAGAUAUUUCUACUCGAAUCUUUGUUGCACUCUUUGACUACGAUCCGCUGACCAUGUCCCCAAACCCUGAUGCUGCUGAAGAGGAGCUGCCAUUUAAAGAGGGACAGAUCAUUAAGGUUUAUGGGGACAAAGAUGCUGAUGGGUUUUACCGUGGAGAAACCUGUACAAGAAUUGGCCUUAUCCCRUGUAACAUGGUCUCUGAGAUACAAGCAGACGAUGAAGAGAUGAUGGACCAGCUCCUUAAACAAGGUUUUCUUCCUUUGAACACACCAAUUGAGAAAAUCGAGAGAAGCCGUCGGGGUGGCCGCCAGCAGCCGGUGAGCACCAGGAGGAUGGUGGCCCUGUACGACUACGACCCCAGGGAGAGCUCUCCCAACGUGGAUGUGGAGGCUGAGCUGACCUUCUGCACUGGGGACAUCAUCACCGUCUUUGGUGAGAUUGAUGAAGAUGGAUUUUACUACGGUGAACUCAACGGCCAAAAGGGGCUGGUUCCUUCCAACUUCCUCGAAGAAGUGCCUGAUGAUGUUGAAGUCUUUCUAUCCGAUGCACCCUCGCGCUACGUCCAUGACACACCGAUGCGAUCAAAAGCAAAAAGGGUUCCUCCUGAGAAUACAGGUACAUCCCGGAGAGCACCAUCCCCCACAGUUCAUCUCCAUUCUGGGUCACCUCCGUCACCUAUGMUGGGUUCUGGUAGUCCCGGGAGAGGCAGGGAUAUGUCCUCGAAAAAGAAAAAGGGGCUGCUUUCCAAAGGCAAGAAACUGCUGAAAAAGCUUGGUGCAGUGAAAUGAGUCAUGUGCUCCUGGACAACUUGUAAAGCUUCCAGUCUGUGUAUUUUUUUUUUUUUUUAAGUCAAAACUAGGGCUUUCAUGACUAUGCAGUACUUUACCAGACCUUUGCAUUUUAACUCUGACAUCAGUAGAAUCAUGUGAAUUGCUUAAUCAAAACAGCAAGAAAAAAAAAAAAGAAGUGGAUUUGUUGUUGCAAAACCUUUUUUAAAAAAAAUAAAAAAAAAUGUUGUGGGAUUAAGACCAGAAGAACAUAGUUUUAUUUGAAGUCAACUCAACACCUGCAACUCCAUUGGAAAAAUGUCAGCCUUUAGUCUCCUUUAACCAUGARUGGGGGGAGAAAACUCUCUUCAGAUUCCUAAUUCAGAGAGAUCACCCCAGCGUAUCCAAUCAUUAUCAUAACAAAAAUGGUCUUGAAACUCCUAGUUUAAUCAGCCUUGAUGUUUUGCCUUAUUAAUGCACAAUGAUUUGUACUGUCUAAUAAAUAUGCAGCGUAUACUUUGUAUGUACUGUGUACUCAACUGUCUCCAUCUCCCCUCCACACGGUGGUUUCAGCUCCAGUACUCUGUCACUGACUCCAUUCAAUGUCUGAUGUAACUCCUGGGAGUUUGGAAGUGCUGUGCUAAAUGCUUACRUUUUUGUUUUUGCUUCCCCUCACCCCCAAAAACAGAACUUUGUAUUGAUUUGUCACCGUUUUCACUCCACUGAAAUCAGAGCCAGUGUAAGUUAUUCAGAACCUCACCCAGUUUCAACCACACGAGCUCCACUUUUGGGGUGCCUGGUUCAUUGUUCUAAGCUACUGGGAAAAAAAACUACUCCACACCCAAACCCCCUUCCUCCCCAAGUUUUUUUCUGUGGAGGUACAGUCCUAAGUUAAGAGGCAUUUUCAUAUUGCUGAUGUUAGAUUCAAGCUAAAGUACGUCUAAAAAGGACAAACUGUUGCAGACACAGCCACAGCCAGUAACGAGGCUGCACCAGGCUCUAAUCAAAUCUGAAUUGCAAUAUUGGCCUAGCAAGAAAAACARUCUUACACACUGAUGGCAGUCAUUGGCUGUUACUAUUUUGUAAUUCUUGUCCAUUUGUAAAUUGUUUUUACUGUUUAUACAUACUUUUCAGACUGCCUUUCUUUUUGUAAUUUAUGGAAGGUUUAUAAAUGAAUGAUCAAAGCUUCCCCAUUGUGUCUUCAGAUAACAAUGUAAAUUACUGUAAAAUAUUGUGUGCUAGAUUAUAACAUUUAAUUAAAGAAAAUAACUGGCCUACAUUUGUGGUAAAGUACUGUGUGGGUGUGUGCAUGUGUACAAUCGUUGUGUAUUAUAUUUUAUAUAAAUAAAUAAUUUGAUAUUUUGUA